AUGAUGGUUUGGCUGGAACUCGGAUUCACCAUCACACCCAAAAGUCAUGGCAUUUCCAUGAACACCGACCGUCCUGGCGAACAUUAUCUUGUACUUGGGCUUUGCAGAGGGAUAACCGGGCCAUUCACCACAAAGAGGCGAUCCUUACCUGCCGUCCUGCAGAAUCCACCCGAUGCUCAACCUCCACCAGAGGUACUGAUCGUAUCUUUGGCCACCAUUGAGAUAUCUUUGAAGUGUGGCUACUUUUUUCACCAAAAUGAACAGUCACAGGAGCUGUUAUCCAUAGCUGGCACAGAAACAGAAGCUCAGUACUCAACACACUUCUUCGCACCACGUCUCGACCCGUCGACAGAUUUCACAUUGGGCUUAUCUGUUGGCUAUACUACAUUCGCGGAGAGCGACUCUAUGCCCAAGGGAGAUGACAUCGACCAGUCAUCUCAAGCAUUGCUCGCACUCGUGGAUUUUGGCCUCCAGAAGUUGCUGCUGUCUGCUGCGACUAAAUGUUCUGACAUCCAUGUCAUCGAGAACAAUCUCCAAUCCCUCUGCAAGCUGGCUCCGGUGAUUUUCAAUCCAAAAUAUCGUGAAGCAAUGAACGAGCGAGCCAUUUCAUGUCCUAUCAUUGCCAAAGCGGUCAACUCGAUGUUGGCCAAUACCUCGAACCCAAUCAUACAGGAAGAAGUUCCUAUCAUAUCCUUGGAUCGGAAAAGGUGGAUUGCGAACGGCUUAUGGCGCAUGGGCCAAGCUCAUCUUCUCCAGCUGAAGACCCCAAAGAAAUGCGGAUCCUUUCUUUCUCAUCGCUCAACAAUAAACGAAUCCCAGAUCAAUGGCGAUUCCGCAACUACGGCUUCCUUUAUGGAUGACGUCUUCAGCAAGGAAGUUAACCUCGAUCUUGACGAUGAAUGGGACUUGGAUACCGGAGACGAAGAAACCUUCGACGAUCCCCCGCAAAUGAUGUACACCGACUUCGAUGAAUCAGAUGGUCCCCUCCUCGGAAGUAGCGGUGAGUCCAGCUUUCAGGAUCUAUGCGAAUCCACUCAAACAACACUUGACAGCCUUCCCCUCUCCGAGGCUGUUUAUACUCCACACACGGAUACCGACAUGCUCUUAUUCGAUUGCGACAUUGGAUAG